GCGGCCUCCCCAAAGUCACCUACUUCCUUCGUCCUCCUUUCUCACCGACUCCGCGGAAUCCCAGCCGUCGACUGCUGACCAAUCACGAUCCGACGGGCGGUAUUCCCAGUAAGAGCCCAGCUGUACCUAGCUGGACCCCACCGCCAGGAACAUCAAAGACUGUAUAGAGAUCCGGCUUACUUACCGCCCGACCGGCUUUCUAUAAAUAGAGCAUCCGAAAUUGGAGGCUGCACCUCGCCGAAGCACGACGCUCCACUGCCUUCCAUCGUCGUAGACCUUCGUCCUAGGGUUUCUAUCUUCCACAGCUUGAAAGGAUGGACACCUUCCUAUUCACCUCUGAAUCUGUCAACGAGGGCCACCCCGACAAGCUGUGUGACCAGAUAUCCGAUGCAGUGCUUGAUGCCUGCCUUGAGCAGGAUCCAGAUAGCAAAGUUGCCUGCGAGACCUGCACCAAAACCAACAUGGUCAUGGUUUUUGGCGAGAUUACAACCAAAGCCACCGUAGACUACGAGAAGAUUGUCCGGGACACCUGCCGGAACAUUGGAUUUGUGUCUGACAAUGUUGGCCUUGACGCCGACCACUGCAAGGUCCUGGUCAACAUUGAGCAGCAGAGUCCAGACAUUGCCCAGGGCGUCCAUGGCCACCUCACAAAACGCCCAGAGGAGAUUGGUGCUGGUGAUCAGGGCCACAUGUUUGGCUAUGCCACCGAUGAAACCCCUGAGCUGAUGCCCCUCAGCCAUGUUCUGGCCACUAAGCUCGGUGCUCGCCUCACUGAGGUUCGGAAAAAUGGGACCUGCCCGUGGUUACGACCUGAUGGAAAAACCCAGGUGACGGUUGAGUACCGGAAUGAACAGGGCGCGAUGGUUCCUCUCCGGGUUCAUACUGUUCUAAUCUCUACCCAGCAUGAUGAGACUGUUACAAAUGAUGGAAUUGCUGCUGACCUCAAAGAACACGUGAUCAAGCCUGUGAUCCCAGAGAAGUACCUUGAUGAAAAUACCAUCUUCCACCUCAACCCCUCGGGCCGAUUCGUGAUCGGAGGACCUCAUGGCGAUGCAGGCCUCACCGGUCGGAAAAUCAUCAUUGAUACCUAUGGUGGGUGGGGAGCUCACGGAGGUGGUGCAUUCUCUGGGAAAGAUCCCACCAAGGUCGACCGGAGCGGAGCAUACAUUGUUAGGCAGGCUGCGAAGAGUAUCGUGGCCAAUGGCCUAGCUCGCCGCUGCAUUGUGCAGGUCUCAUACGCCAUUGGCGUGCCUGACCCCUUGUCAGUCUUUGUUGACACUUACGGAACUGGAAAGAUUUCAGACAAGGAGAUCCUUGAGAUUGUGAAGGAGAAUUUUGACUUCCGGCCUGGGAUGAUCUCCAUUAAUCUGGAUCUGAAGAGGGGUGGCAAUGGCAGGUUUUUGAAGACAGCUGCAUAUGGUCAUUUCGGGAGGGAUGAUUCUGACUUCACCUGGGAGGUGGUGAAGCCUCUCAAGUGGGAGAAGCCCCAAAACUGAGUAACAGUUGUUCGGUCUCUUGAUAUUUUUCAAAUCGCUUGGAGUCUCCCACCUGGUGCUUUUGUCAGUGUUGUUUCUGUUUUUAUUUUAUAUUUUAUUUUUUUCAACUACUCCCUUAUAUUUUGUUUUGUUAAUUUUCGUAAUGUGUUUGGACCCUAGGCUAUACGAAGCAGGGGAGGGGGUUGCAAGGGAAGAAUGGGUGACUUGCAGGGGAAGUGAUGAUUGUAUUAAUGCAUUGCAUUUGUUAACCGUAAUAUUCUGAAUUAAUAAUAAAUGACUACAAUUCCUUUUUUUGUACAA